GAUCAAUUUUUGAUCAGGUGACAUAUUUUCCUUGUUCCAAGCAAUCACUGUGCUGGCAAGAAACCGAACAUUCACGAUGGCUCUUCUGUCCGCUGUAAAGGGAAAGCUGAUUUCCGUGAUUGGCGAUGAGGACACCUGCGUAGGUUUUCUGCUGGGAGGCAUCGGUGAGAUCAACAAGAACCGUCACCCCAACUUCAUGGUUGUCGAUAAGAACACCGCCGUCAGCGAGAUCGAGGAUUGCUUCAAGCGUUUCAUCAAGCGCGACGACAUCGACAUCAUCCUGAUCAACCAGAACUACGCGGAAAUGAUCCGUCACGUGAUCGAUUCGCACACUUCGCCGACGCCGGCCGUGCUGGAGAUCCCCUCCAAGGACCACCCGUACGACGCGAGCAAGGAUUCGAUCCUGCGACGUGCUAAGGGCAUGUUCAACCCGGACGAUAUGGUUGCCAACCGUGGUUAGUUCCAUCUUCCGUAUAUCUUGCUAUUAUGAGAGCUGUUCAUUGUUUGUUGCUUAUUUUUUCGGUUAAAGUGAAACAUCUGUUAGAACAAUAAAAUCAUUCCGUGCGUAAUCAUCGUGUAAGAA